CCACCCAAGUGCACAAGACUGACAGGAGCGAUGGCCAUUCACAAGUCUCCAGGACAGUAACGAGGGAAAGAUGCUUUUGGAAACAAUCAGCCCCCCGUCAGCUCCGAGCAGCAUUCGGUACUGAUGAGAGCAGUGAGCGCCACAGGAACACGGAUGCGGUAGAUAUUCGCCACAGUCACUCAAAGAUCGCGUCAGAUCCACAGAUGUGGGUGUUGUGGUCGGUGUGUGAGUUAUUAUUCCGAAUGAACCAUUAGAGUUGAGUAAGUUUUGAGAACGCACGUCUGUUUACGCUGAGCUGAGGAAUGGACGCACUCAUGAAGUGAAUGUCGAUGGAGAAUGUUCACGCUCCUCGUUGGCGUCGAGGCAUGGAUGCAUUCCUGCUCCACCUUCUUCUGCUAAUUGGAAUUGCGAAGGGAUCGAAUUACGGCUACGUGGAAUGGUCUGAAAAUGACAAAGAUCCUGAAAUCAAGGCUAAAUACCCGGUUUACAGCACCGGGGAGACGAUGCACCAGCAGCCGACCGUCUCCAGCACCGAGCGGACGGCCGUGGCGCAUAAGCUCGAGGAGGAUCUGCCUCGGGUGGUCACCGCUUUCCUGCACACGGGGGACUCGUCCACCCUGGAGCAUGUCAGCUGCUCUCGGCGGUACGAGCUGAGCAGUCUCCGCGGUGGAGCUCACGCCGCCUCGCACUCCUCCCUCCACGGCGUCCUCGACACCAUGACGCACGCCACCAACAUCCUAAACACGCUCCUGCAGUCCAACAGCUCCAGGGAGCAGCAUCCGAGGAGGGAUGUCCAGUGGUACCACGCGCUCGUGACGAGUAUGUUGGAAGGGAAUCCUAAAAUCCACCGGGCGGUGCUCACAUUUCACACGGAGUCUCCCGAGGCGCCCGGUCCGCAGGUGUUCCUUCAGGCGACCAGAGGCGAGGAGCGCAUAGUGCUCCAAGAUCUGUCCAACACCGCGCGCCAUCGCCUCAAAAACAGGACGCCCGAGUCUGAUUGGUACAACGAGUUUCGGGACCGAAAGAGACUCCAGAGGCUGGCCAACAGUCGAGGGUUUCCAGCAGCGCAGGGCGGAUAUUUUGUGGACAGAAGUCGUGUCAAGUGGUCUGCGCCCUUUCUCGAGUGCGAGCACGGCAGGUUUGUGCCCCACUGGCUGCUGACGCUCUCCGCUGGUUUCUAUGGUCUGAAGAAUUACACUGCGCCGGAGUUUAGAGGAGUUGUACGUGUGGAUGUUGAUCUGCAGGAUGUGGACAUUGACCAGUGCUCCAGCAGCGGCUGGUUUGCAGGAACCCACCGCUGUAACUUGACAACUAUGGAGUGUGAACCGAUUGCAGGCCAUGGAUUUGUGCUGGACAAGUACAAGUGCCAAUGCAAGAGUGGUUUCUACCACCCAAGCCAAGUGGCGCUCAAUGGCUUCUCGAAAUCAGACCGGGGAACGUACUCUGAUGAAUCCUGGGAGCUGUCCGGGAGGUGUUUGCCCUGUCGAGAAGGCUGUCCGUUCUGUACGGGUGACACCCCGUGUCUGGCUCAGGAGGACACGGCCCUCCGCCUCGCCAUGGUCUCCUUUCAGGGCUUCUGCAUGCUCCUGGACAUCAUCAGCAUGGUGGUCGUCUACCACUUUCGUCGCAACAAGAGAAUCAAAGCAUCUAGUCUUAUACUUCUUGAAGCGAUUCUUUCAGGAUCUGUACUUCUCUACUUCCCUGUUAUGAUACAGUAUUUUAAUCCAAGUGUUUUCCGGUGUAUUCUCCUGAGAUGGGUGCGUUUGCUCGGAUUUACCAUCGUCUAUGGAACAGUGAUUCUGAAACUGUACAGGGUUUUAAAGGUGUUCCUAUCCCGCACCGCCCAGAGGAUCCCGUACAUGACCAGCUGGAGGGUUCUGCGUCUGCUUGCUGUGAUUUUGUUGGUGGUCGUGUGGUUCCUUGUGGCAUGGACUUCAGCCGUAUGCCAGAGCCCUGACACCCAUGACGCCCUCAUCGACAUCGGUUUGACCCCAGAGGGCCUGCAGUUCAGCAUGUGCCUGAUGGACAGUUGGGACUACAUGAUGGCUGCUGCGGAGUUCCUGUUCCUGCUGUGGGGCGUCUAUUUGUGCUAUGCUGUAAGGACCGUUCCCUCCGCUUUCCACGAGCCUCGCUACUUGGCAGUCGCCAUUUAUAAUGAACUCCUCAUCUCUGCAAUAUUUCACAUCAUUAGGUUCUCUCUUGGCACUGGGCUGCAUCCAGACUGGAUGCUAAUGUUAUUAUUCGUCCAUACGCAUCUGACAGUGACGGUUACUCUGGGAUUACUUCUCAUUCCAAAGUUCUUGUUCACUGGAACUCAUACACGUGAGGAUAUAGCCACAGAGGCUUAUGAAGAUGAGCUGGAUAUGGGUCACUCAGGCUCCUGUCUAAACAGCAGUAUAACAUCUGCCUGGAGUGUGCACAGUCUGGAUCCUGAAGACAUUAGGGAGGAGCUCAAGAAACUCUAUGCCCAACUGGAGAUCUAUAAAAGAAAGAAGAUGCUGGCCAAUAACCCUCACUUACAGAAAAAACGCAGUUCCAAGAGAGGACUUGGACGGACACUAAUGCGCCGCAUCACAGAAAUACCAGAGACAGUGAGUCGGCAAUACAGCCGGGAAGAUCGAGAUGCAAGUGACCAUGGGAGUAACAGAGGCACCCUGAGGAGAAACCCAUUUGACCCAUCUCACUCCGGUAAGUCAAGGGAAGAAUCAUUAAAAAGAAAGAUGUUCUCACUGAAGAGAUCUCAUAGCUAUGACCAUACACACGACCAAGGAGGGGAAACCAAUGGGGUUUGUGAAGAUAAAAUGGAGAAUUCUACUACUGAGGCUUCUCUGCUUGACACCUUGAUGGGGCGGAGGUCCAACAAGAAGAACCCUGAGGUGCCAAAGGUCGAGUUAGCCGAAUCUACUGAAUCAGUGCCCUUAGUGUGCAAGUCCGCCAGUGCACAUAACCUAGCAGCGGAAAAAAAGCCUGUACAUCUUCGGACCUCUAUGUUACAGAAGUCACUGUCUGUCAUUGCUAGCGCCAGAGAAAGGAAGCUGGGCAUUGCGGGGAAGACCCACAGUGUGGAAGAUGCCAGUAAAAAGGGUCUCAAAGCAAAGGACAGCUCAGCACUUUCAGAAGUGGAUGAAUCCCCUGAGUGUUUACCAAAAAUGAUCAUCAGCCAGUCGGUUGAGUACACCAAAACGCCUAGUAAGAUGGGCAUCAUGAAGCAGCAGGUGAGCGGCAGUCAGCCUUCCAUUUUUUCAGAACCAGGGAAGAGCAAGGACCUGUACGAUCUCUCUGAGGUGUGCCCUUGGGAGGUGGAGGAGUUACCCACUCCAACAGAGGGCAAGUCACAGAAACACGUUUCCAUUGCCCCCACUGAAACCAAUACAAUCAAUGGGAGCAGUGGGAAAAGUGGACACAAGUCUCAACACAAACAAAAAGGCUUGGGCCAAUCUCUGUCAAACCGGCGCCGCUCCAGAGAUAAGACUGGGGACAGGGAUGAAGGGAGGAAACCCAAAUCACCACUCAACCUCAAUGCCCACAAAGAUACAAGUCCAUGGAGCUUUGAGGAUGUAUCGGUGCAAUCAAUGGAGACUGUACGACUGUCCCCAGAGAGAACAAGCCGCAAAAAAAGUGUCACUCCCACAGAUGGAAAAGCCAAAAUCAUCUUCUCAGACAUCUCCAAAUCCACGGGUAGCCUUUUACAGCCUCCAGCUCUUAUGGUUGAUAUCUGUCCUUGGGAUUACGAUCCCCCUCUGUCCCCCAACCAGGACAAGACUUCCAGCCCCACACAUCAUUCAAAGAGAAGAGAUUCUUGCUCGAAAAGAAAAGGAUCAUGUUCCUCCAAAGAGAAAGCUAAGGAUAAAGAUGAUGAUAAACGAACGUCCAAAAAUAAGGAGCGAAGAAGCUCCUCAAGCAAACCCUCUGAGAAGCGUCGCACAAGCCAAACAUUAGAGGGGGACCAAGUUGCCACAGUGGCAUCUGGCAGAAGGAGGAGCUCCACUAGAGACUCCGCCAUCAGCGGCAGUAAGCGUGCUGAUGUUUGCCCCUGGGAGACAGAGGUAUUGCCCAGUGUUAUCUCAAAUGAUAAACAGCCUCCAACGACUGAGAACCACACAACUCAAACACCGUCCACUUACAACAUGGCUGAUGUUUGUCCAUGGGACUUUGAAGAGAAGUUGUCAGGGAAAAGUGCAUGACACAGCAAUCACAUAAUUAUACCACUCCAGUAGGGUGUCUGAGAUGGCAGAUUCCAUAUUUGAAAGUCAAGGCCCAUUCACACCAAGAAAGCUAACUGUAACGGUAAUUGGCUUCCACAUCCACAACAGACACUAAUGUGCACUGCAGUGACGUCAUCUGCCUCUUUAAAUGCAGAAGCUCCUUGAAGAUGGAUGGGUUCUGAUUGGCUAUCAAGGUUUUUUAUCAUUCGUCAGCUGGAAAACGUAAUUCCCAACAUGAUAUUGCUGUUGUGUGGACUACUUUCAUAUAUUUAUAACAAUUACUUAACCUUUAUAGUCAUAGCUAUCAUCCUUGGGGUGUGAAUGGGCCUUUAGCCUUAUUUUCACACUUAUUUGUUUUACGUUUUAAAUAAGUUUGCAUAUAUA